CGAACCUGGCGAACCGGCCGGUCAGCUGUGAGCUGAACCGCUACCGACUCUUGCCAGUAUUCGUAGUGUUGAAAUUAUCAAAAAAUCUUUGAUAAUUGUCCCGAAAGAAAGAAAAAAGCAGCCCGCUAUUGCUUAUAGGAGUGGUCUUGCGCGGAAAAAGAAACGAAACCGGAGGAAGUAGUAGUCGUCCACCAUCUCCUUCGCCUUCUAGUCGCUCGACGUUCGACACUCGACCAGUGCGUGCUCGGAACUCAGCCACGGUAGUUCUACGCCACUGCUUCGCCCGAGGAAACGAGAUAGGUGGUGCCUCGAAUAUCGGCAAAAGCCAAGAUACGACGGAUUCGCGACUGGAUCGUGGUUUCCUUACAAAGAUACGGUGUUGUGUCGAUUGAAGGCGAGUGAAUUUUGGAGAAGGAAGGCACCGGGAACGAAGCAGGAACAGCAGGCAAAAUUGCGAAGUGUUAAGUGAAUAGUGUGUACAGUGUUAGUGUGGUACCGGUGCAGGUAUCGGUUUUACUCGUGUAUAUGCGUGUAGUGCUGGGAGCCCCUACAAGAAUUGCUGUAGCUGUGGAUUUUUCCAUUGGGGUCGGAGUGAACCACUGCGAGCGCUCUCCUAUAACUGAUUGUCGCGAGAGCACCUAUUUGACAUCAAAUUACCAAAAUCCCAACAAGUUUUAAAAGGUUUAACGACGAAUCCACCAACCACGAAAAAGAGGGUCAUCCCCGAAGAUGAUAUUGUCCCUGGCAAGCUCGUAAAAGUCGUCUGAGCGCUGAGCGCAUCGAUCGUCGAUUCUCUCUCGACAAAGGAAAGAGACCCACUCGAAAUUAUAGCAUAUAGUUUCUUGGCAACAAAUACUCGAUGAUAAAGUUGAGAGAAAGAGAAGUUAUUACAUGAGAGGGUUCAAAAGAAAGGUUAUUGAUGGUUGAUCUGAUAACAAAGUCCUAGCAACUUGUACGAAUUGACGAGAAUCAAACUAAUUAUCUUGAUAAAGCAAAGAGAGUUAUUAACGAUCAAGUGCGAGAGUCUUUUUCUUGAAGGAACAUAGAAAAAAAGCGAUGCUUGAAAAACCUGUCGAAUCGCUCGAUUCGAGGCUUCUGUAGUGGGUUCCGGCGAAAAUUGCGCGCACUGUAGUGGGCUGCGUCGAAACCGGUUUCGUUUCGCUUCGAAUCUCGCGUUUAUAAAGGUCGUGCGUCGAGGGAGGAGUAAGACUCGUGGAAAACGAAUUUACACGAGGACACCCGCACUCAAGAGAUUCCUUAUCUCUCUUGCCCGUCUCGAUCUCUCUCUAUCCUCCUCUCACGUCGGCACUAAUGUGAACCGUGACAAUAGCGAUUAGUAAUCGCCGGAGGAAUUUGGCUAAGAAAUUAAAUUUGAAAGGAGUUGAAGCUUGGAGAACCAAGUUCGAGUGGACGAAGAGUUCCAUCGGAAUUUGACCUUGACCAGUUAGAUGAAAAGAUGAUGGUACCUUGGUCCGGAGAGUUAGCAGCGACUCUUGGACCCUUGUUAUCGGUUGCAUCUCAAGUUUCUGUAUAGAGAAAAAGGCCCUGUGGUUGAAUUAAAGGUGGGCAAGAUGGAGGGCUGUAAUUUGAGGGAGGAACAAGAUUCGCCUGAGAGUGGCUCGUGCAUGGUGGACCGUCUCAAAACCUAAUUAUUAUCUAAUGAGCCAAAGAGGCCAAGUGAUUAGUGAUGAAGCGCGCAUCGAGCGCUUUGACAGUGGCACAGGUGCAGUCUGUGGUCUUGCCCGGCAAGGUCCACGAACCUCGUAGCCCAGCGGGAUUGCUGUCGACGGAGGAGGUUGAGGACGCGACCUCCAGGUCGAUCAAGUGCGACCCCAAGUUACUUCAGAGCGAUGAGAACAAGAUCGCCAAAUCGCCGGCAAUGUCCCGAUUGUUAAGCGUUGACUCUGAGAAUUAUAUGCUGAGGAAGGGAUCAGGAUCGAGUAGCGCGACUUCCACGUCUUCGUCGAUGUCGAUCACCACGACCUCGAACAUCGUCACAACUCAGCAAAGAGAUUGUCCACGUGGAUUUGCCAUUGGAUCCAGCAGGCUCUCCGCCACUGGGAACGGCACUUACUGUACGGCAGACAUCUCAUUCGUGCAGGUUCCAUCAGUAUCAGGCCACUCAAAUCCGCCGAACAACCUGGAGAAAUCAGUGAGCUGCGAAAGUUCGCAGAACGGCUACGACGAGGCUAACAACCAGUCCAUCCGUUCUCCACACGACUCCUCGGCACCCGGGAACAACCACGUUGAUCGUGCUGCUCUAGCUAAAGGAGGCGCCACUGUCGCCCAGCGACGAACCUCGAAUCAAAGUCAAAUAGGGUUUUCAAAUUCAGCACAUAAUGUGCCCUUAUCAAUAUCUUCCUCUGCCUCUUCCUCCUCCGCCAGCAAUCCCUUUAGUCCUUCCUUUAAUCCGAAGCAAGUGUCACCUGGCAAGGUUUUGGAGAACGCGUACUCUGGUGUUCUCGGGCAGAAGGGGCAGGACGAACAAUCGCAGCUGGUCGGGUUCCAGCUGCAAUCGGAUCGAUUGGACCUAUCGACGAGCGAAAGUUCCGCGAUCGACGUCCUCGGCGAAUAUGUCAGUUCCUGUGCCAGGCCAUUGUCCUUCCAUAGGCACAUGUGCUGGUGCAACUCCCAAGUGCCGGUUUCUGAUAACUCAGUUGCUGACGAUCAAGUGACCGCGGCUGAAAUAGAACUUUCUAAAACUGCAAUUAAUAAUAACAAUAAUAGUAACAAUAAUAAUAAUAACAAUGUCAAGUCAAAUUUGACCGGGAAUAAUGAUGCAACCUCAAAGAACGGAUUUGUGAAUGGUGUGACAAAUGGAAUCGAUACCAGCGGAUUAGUUGAUAGUGUAGUUAAUCAUGUUAAUUCUUACCGAAGUCUCUGUUGCUGUAUGUGCGGAUCUCUAUGUCCUACAGAGUGCCACGCGUGCUUCCACGUCGUCUGCUCGGAAUACAGCGGACAGCAUCUGUGCCAAUGGAGUUCCAAGGGUCAUGCUCUGCCGGGACAGGUCUUCGACAAGGAAAAGCCUGUCAGUGAGUGGACAUCUCUGAAUGUCGUCGAAUGGAUGUCAGCUCUCAACCUUUAUCGCUAUGCAGACGUUUUUAAAUCCAAGGAUAUUAAGGGUAGCGAUCUACUUAACUUGGACCGCGAGAAGCUAAUGAACAUGGGUAUAAAGGAUGAGUUCCAUCAGAAGAACAUAUUAGUAUGCAUCGAGGAGCUCUGCCAACCCUCGUCUCCUUCGACUUUGCCAGGUUCGGAGACGUCGACAAUAUCCGUUAACGAAACGGGCGGUUCUGGCAAUAGUAGUAACAAUGUCAAUACACCGUCGACGACCACCAGCAGCAGUAGCAGCAGCACCACCACCACCAACAACGCUCACAAUCUCGUGCCUCACAGCUUUAGUGUCUUGGAGAGGUGCGACAAAUGCCAUAAAUACCUCAGGGGCCUCUUACAUCAAGGCUUUCUCUGCCAAGAUUGCGGAUUGGUCGCUCAUAGGACUUGUUCAGCGACUGGUUUACCCUCUCCUUGCGUUCCAACGGAUUCUAGAGUUCAUAGAUUCACUUCAGUGUUUGGACUAGCUCUGUGCUCACAAUUCGAUACGUCAACCCGGACAGCUCCAAUUUUAGUCGAAAGAUGCACGCGCGUCCUUGAAGAAAGAGCAUUCACCGACACAACUUUAGACCUUUACAAAGUCUACUACAGCAGUCCACCCAAUGAACAGACUCUUGAAUUACGACAAAAGCUUAACGAGGAUGUAUGUAACGCAGACUUAAAUCCCUAUACUCCCCAGUGUAUAUCCAGUGUCUUAAAGAAAUUUUUGAGAGAGUUACCAGAUCCUGUAAUACCUGUUCAGUGGUACGACAGAUUUCUAGAAGCAGCAAAUUUAAAAAAUGACGAACAAUGUGCAACACGUCUCGCUCAGUUGGUCUCCGAACUACCCGAGCAUCACAAGAGUACCCUGCAUCAUCUGAUGGCUCAUUUUUGUCGCAUAUGUCAAUUGCAACAUGCCCGAGGUUAUACGGAACCACCCACUAUUCUCGUGCAAGUGAUGUGUCACAUCUUCCUCAGGCCUCCUUGGGAAAGAAUCAUUCAAGUUGUCCACAAUACAGAAGCACACAUACGCAUAAUGGAGUUGUUACUACUCCAUGGAAACUGGAAUGAAAAGCUACCAGAAUUUGCGAGUGCUCCGCAAUUACCACCUAGAAAAGUCUCGAGACCACAAUUUCCGGUUUUUGAACUUGAGGAACUGGCAGCUGGCGAUCGUUCUACGCCUGGCGAAAGUAACAAAGACCAGCUGCAACAAACCUGCAGGCCGAAAGUUCUUCACGAAGCCGAGUGGUAUUGGGGUGAUAUUACGAGGGAUGAAGUCAAUGAGAAGAUGAUCGACACACCCGAUGGAACUUUCUUGGUUCGGAAUGCGUCCUCGAAAGGAGGAGAGUACACCCUGACGCUGAGGAAAGGAGGGACCAAUAAACUCAUCAAGAUUUGCCAUCGGAACGGGAAAUAUGGUUUUUCCGAGCCCUACAGUUUUCAGUCUGUGAUUGAACUUGUCGAGCAUUAUCGAAAUUGUUCACUCGCCCAAUAUAAUUCGACAUUGGACAUCAAGCUUUUGCAUCCGAUCUCUCGUUUCCAACAGGAAGAUGAAAUUUCUAGUACCACGGAUACGGCGAAAGUUGUUCAAAAGUACAUUGAACUUGAGAAAACUACGACGGACACAUUGCGGCAGUACCAAAAUUGUUCUGAACUCUACAGUAGAACAGCUUACGAAGUGCAACUUAAGCGACAAGCCUUAGAGGCAUUUUCCGAAGCCAUCAAGAUGUUUGAGGAUCAGAUGAAGCUGCAAGAAAAGUUCCAGAAGGAAGCUCAGCCUCACGAAAUAUCCACACUGACGGAUAAUGCUGAAUUGUUAAAACGACGACUGAAGUCCUUGGAAGAUAGCAGAGAACAACUCGAUGAUAGCUUGAAGCAGCAAAUUGCGUACAACAGAACUCUGGAACGGGAGAUGCACAAGUUGAAACCGGAGAUUAUCAUCCUCGUGAAAACGAGAGACAAACAUAUUAUGUGGCUGAAGAAGGCUGGCAUGAAGCAGAACAAAAUCAAUCAACUGGUUUCGAGCAGCGCCUUGGCAAAUGCGACAAUUGGCGAUACAGUUUUUAGUGAUCUACAAGACUUUGACCUCGAGGUCCAUUCUGAUGACAAGGCUUGGUUGUAUCUCGAAUGUUCGCGGUCUGAUGCUGAUCGGAUACUCAUGGGACGACCGGAUGGAACUUUUCUCGUGCGGAGAUCGAGGAUUGGACAAUACGCUUUGUCCAUAAUGUGCAAUGGUACCGUAAAUCACUGCAUAAUUUACGCAACGGAAAGGGGUUUUGGAUUCGCAGAACCAUACAAUAUCCAUCAAACGUUGAAGCAUCUAGUUCUACACUACGCGCAGAAUUCUCUGGAAGAACACAACGAGAGUCUUAACACGACUCUGGCGUUUCCAGCAUUCGCGUCUGCCAGCGCUUUUACACGUCUGCAGGCUCAGCAAAUGCAGCUUCAAGUACAAAUGCAUGCACAAAAUCAAAAUCAAUUUUCACUGGUGCGACCACUCGAAAACCAGCAAUUUGUGCCACAUACGUAAUGUUUUUUUUUUUCGAAUUAAGGUUGCUCCUUUUUGAAACUACUUCUUAACUUUUCCAACUCGAAGUUGUGAAGAAUCUGCAAGAUUCUCGAGUUGAGGAAACGAUAUUUCGGAAAAGAAGAAACACUUUUUUGCCGUAACACCAAAUUUUGGGCCGCGUGUGCUUCCUUGAAAUUCCGUGGAGCACACAGCAGCAGAAUCUUGUUCUAAAUACCAAUUUUCAAACGACGAUAAAUGACGCUAUUGAUAUUUAUAAGCAGCGUUAAAUAGUAUUUGCUAUUACACGACCGUAGAAAUAUUUCAUCUGGACCAACUUACUGCAGAAGGCGAAUUUUCACAUUGUGUCGAGGUUCUUUCUUCGAUUAAUUCUUAGAACUCUUCAUCAUCUUCUUCUUCCGUCGAUUAUUGAACAUCAAAUUUGUCAACGUUUCCCAUAUUAGUACAACGAAUUUUUUUGAUGAUUCGCGACGGAGAAUACGAGAGAGAGAGAGAGAGAAACCGAUUUUUUAUACAUAGAAUUUAAGUAAUUCCGUGUCAGACGGUACACGCGUGUUUCACACCUCGUUCACAAAAAGAGGUUUCUGAAAUAAUAAUUAUCUGUGAUUUACGGAUCUGCCGUCGGUCGAAGGAUUGUGUAUUUUUUUCUUUUUUCUUUUUUUUUUGUCUUAUAAUUGAGUCGUUGCGGGUUUUUUAAAUACCAUAACGCGUCCUUAAGGUGAGGCGGGGCCAUACCUAAGCUCUUUUAAAUUUGCGAAACUCGCAAGUUCGAAGACACCAAGUGCAGAAAUUAAGAGGGGGAUUGGUGUUUGACCAAUCGAGGAUAGAAUUAUUCACGAUCGAAGCCGGCUUCACGUGUUUUUGUCACUUUACCUCAGAUCGGCGAACGAUAUUAUUGGGCAUAUGUAUAUCGUAAUAUCUGUACACAUUGAUCAAUUUUUUAAACAAAAUAUUCAAGCGGACGUCCCAACUUUUGCAGAGACGCUUUUUGUGCUACUAGUAAUAGAGAUAAACUUGAGGGCUGAUAUAUAACUUUAUCAGCUGUUUCUUUCGAGCAGAAAAUUGAGAUUAACUUUCGAUACUCACUGCUGAUUGAUACAGAAAAACAAAGCAAAAAAACGCCUAGUUGGGGAAAAUCGAGUAAAUUGAAAGCUUACAACUUUAGAAUUUAAAUUUUGUAAACGUUCAAUUUCAAAGAGAUUGAAGAAAGCAAAUAGUGCUGAUACUAUUUCGCAAUUAUUCCCAAGUCUAGUAAUCACUUUUUGCAUCAGCUGCGAGUGAAGAGGGGUUUGGGCGAGCAACAUUUUUUAUAUUAAAAAAUGUAAAUUGAUAUAGAAUGGCUCGAUGAAAAAAAAAGUUGGAUAAUCGACAUGUAACUGUCCUCCAUGUUUGCUCUUUGCAGCAGAGACCUUGAAAAAUCUUGUGUUUACAGAGCGGUCGGUAAAUACAAGAGAGUACCAUUUCUCAAAUGUAUCUUUCUCGAUAUAUGAUAAUCAUCACUUUUUUGUUGGACAAGUUGCAGUCAUUGAAAAAUGUUUUUUUUUUAUUGCAGGCUCGAAAGUAUGGCUAAGGCUCAAGACAGUGUUUGUGAAUUGAAAGAGAUAUUUCUGAAUAGAGUUUUGUUUCGAAAAUUUUCAAUUGUAUAGUUUUAGCUAUCGUUUACUUCUUUUUAACAUCAAUCUUGCUCUAAAGUAAAAAAAAAAAAAGAAAGAAAGAAAGAAAAGAAAAGGAUUCUCCGAGUUAGACUCCACUUUUGGACAACUCGUAAUAAUUUCUAAUUAGUAAACCCUGGAUCAUAAAAAGUAAAAGACUUUUUCUCUGGUCGUUGGUUUUAGCUCGAUUCGAUUAUUAAGUUCCGAACAAAUCUCCAACAAGUGAAUUGUUGACAAAGAACAAGUUUUGUUUUAGUGUCUAUCUUAUGGAUUAAUAAAAUCAGUGCAAUUAGACGGCACUGAAAUUAGUGACCUACUAUGACGUACAAAAAAUGCAAUCAUGAAAUUCUAAAAAAAAAGAAAAGAAAAGAAAAAACAACAACAUUCUCUUUUUCUUGUUGUCUUUCAGUCAUUUUUCGCAAUAACCAUAUAAAUCACUGACUUUACGGGCAUGAGAAUCCUAACGAAAAUUCUGUAUAGAUCGUGAAAGAUUUUUUGUACAUUCGCUUUAGAUGUCUCUCGCGAAAAGAUGUGUGAAUUUUUCAGCAUGUUUUUUUGUUUGGUUGUACUGCACUGAAUUCUACAGAGGAUUCUUUAUCAGUAAAUGUGAUCGAUCUCAUAGAACGCGAUUUAUUCAUUCUCAUCGGAUUGUAUAUAUUUCUUCUUCAUUAGUUA